AUCCCAUCGAAUCCUUCCCCAAUUACUACUCUCCCUUUUCACUUUCCACGAAGAAUCAUGAAAUUUUGUGGAAGACGACGCAAAAUAUCCAUCCAUUCCAUUCCACCCACCUUCAACUACAUAAGACUCGCACACAAACGAAAAUGGUGGAAAAUUCUUGUGCCCUUCAAAACAAGAACUACUCCAAUUCUCUCCCUCCCCUCUUCCCCGUCUUCUUGUUUUUCACUCUUUUUCAGAUUUUCCCACGAAACCCAUCUCGAUUCCAGAAUACCCAGUAAAGGAUUCGAUGCAGAAAGUGGAAUCAAUGAAGAUUUUCAUUACCUUCCUUCUCUGUUUACUCUCUGUAACUUCAGCAGCCAACCCCACCUGCCCAAUGGAUCUCAACUAUGUCCUUAGAAUCCCAUGGAAUGCGACUGAUUGCCGAAACCCCUUCUUCCAAGCCACCGCCAAAGCCGCCAUGAAUGACACCUCCAAAAUCCCUUGUUGUCAAACCCUUUUGUCCUUGUAUGGAAUCUCUCUGGCCCAACACCUCAAAGAAACCACUCUUUUCAAUCUCCCAGACCUUGCAACCUCCGUCUCUUGCCUUCGCGAUUACCAAUCAAAGCUCUCAUCGCUCUCCCUUCCCGGCGACGUUGCAUCGCUUUGCUUCGAUCCUUCGCAGUUUGUGAUAUCCGAUAAUGUCUGUGCAGGUAUUCAAACUACUCGAGAUUGGGUUUCGAAGCUUGGCAAGAACACGCCGCUCGAUUCUGGAUGUCGAUCGGAACUUGUUGGUCCAAGUUGUGAUGCGUGUCUCGCCUCUGGUUUCAAAGUCCAAUCGAUUCUAACUGGAAUUGAUGGUAAUAAAUCUCAUUCUAUGGAUUGUUUUUACUUCGCUAUUCUUUAUGCUGCUGGAAUCGUGAAUGAAUUUGGCCCUGAGGGACGUAGUGCAUUAGGUUGCAUCUUUAAUCUACAAUUGACUGAAAAUGAAUUGAAAAAUAAACAUCCUGCUCUAGUUUAUGGUCUUGUUGCUGCUGCUAUUGGAGUAUUGAUCGUUUUUGUUCUGCUUGGGAUUUGCUUUUGGUAUUACAAAUGGAAAAAAUUAGUCAAGAAAUCUAGCUUAGAGUUUGAUGUAGAACUGGAUGAACAAGGGUCUAGGCCACAUGCCAGGCCUAAUACUGGAUCAAUUUGGUUCAAGAUUCAGGAGCUUGAGAAGGCCACUGAUAACUUUUCUUCAAAAAACUUCAUUGGGAGAGGUGGGUUUGGUUUAGUUUACAAAGGGUCAUUACCUGAUGGAAGUAUGGUGGCUGUGAAGAAGGUUAUUGAAUCAGAUUUUCAAGGCAAUGCAGAGUUUUGCAAUGAGGUUGAAAUAAUCAGUAAUUUGAAGCAUAGGAACCUUGUGCCACUUAGAGGUUGCUGUGUGAUUGAUGGGGAUGAUGAUCAUGAUGAGAGUGGAAGUGAGAGAUAUCUUGUUUAUGAUUACAUGCCCAAUGGAAACCUUGAUGAUCAUUUGUUUCUUUCACCAUUUGAUCAUGUUGGAACUGUAAAGAAGCCAUUGACAUGGCCUCAAAGGAAGAACAUUAUCUUGGAUGUGGCAAAAGGCUUAGCUUAUCUUCAUUAUGGAGUGAAGCCUGCCAUAUAUCACAGAGAUAUCAAGGGGACGAACAUAUUGCUAGAUGCAGAUAUGCGAGCGAGAGUGGCAGAUUUCGGGCUUGCUAAACAGAUUAGGGAAGGACAGUCUCAUCUAACAACUCGAGUUGCGGGAACUCAUGGGUAUUUAGCUCCUGAAUACGCGCUUUACGGACAACUUACUGAGAAGAGUGAUGUUUAUAGCUUUGGAGUUGUUGUUUUGGAGAUAAUGUGUGGGAGGAAAGCUCUUGAUUUCUCUUUGUCGUCGUCGCCACGUGCGUUUCUGAUCACGGAUUGGGCUUGGUCGUUGGUGAAAGGUGGGAAAAUAGGGGAAACUUUAGAUCCUUCUCUGCUGAAAGAUGAAGGGUCUUCUAAUUCAAAUCCAAAAGGCAUAAUGGAGAGGUUUGUUGCGGUGGGAAUUUUAUGUUCUCAUGUGAUGGUGGCUUUGAGGCCUACCAUUAUGGACGCUUUGAAAAUGUUGGAGGGGGACAUAGAAGUUCCCCAAAUCUCUGAUCGGCCAGUGCCUUAUGGGCAUCCUUCAUUUGUUGGCGACAGCAGCAACUUCAGUAUAUCGCCAACAUUGAGCAGGCCUCAGGUGCAUAGCGGUGACAUGCUCAGAUGACAACAAGAGCAAUCACAUUCAUCAUCAAACAUACGAGAUGUAACAGCCCAAACCCACCGCUAGUAGAUAUUGUUUUCUUUAGGCUUUCUCUCAAAGUUUUUAAAACGCGUUUGCUAGGAAGAGGUUUCCAUACUUUUAUAAGGAAUGAUUCGUUCUCCUCCCCAACCGACAUGGAAUAUCACACAAGAUCUCUUGAUUUUUUUUAUUGGGCGAAAACAAGAGUGAUGUAAUAUACUUCUCGUAGCAACUCAAUGGAUGUAUUCGGUCGACGUUUUCUGAGCGAAAGGGUAUCUAAAUAAAAAAUGACUCUAAUAUGUGGUCAACCCUUGGAACACACUACAGUCCCCGUGGAGUGCAUGUUGCAUGGGGAGGAGAUGCUCCCUGAGAUGGGAAGUCUUGGAAGGAGGUGUACAUGACCAAAAACUAAUCAAGAGAACCAAAUAUUUAAGCAUUGACAGCUUUAGAAGUGGAAUUAUUAGGCCACACAGAGGCUAUAGAAGUGUAAAUUCUUCUAGACCAGUUUUGAGUGAGCUGCUCUGUCCUUUAU